AUGUCAGCCAUCACCGAGGCAACCUUCUCGGGCUACAUCUCCAGCACGCACGAUGCGCUGCUUGUGUUUGAGUGCGUGCGCCGCGGCAUCAUGCCCAAGGUGACGCGGCGCCUGCGCGACAACGAGCGGCAUCUCAUCCGCAGCGGCCACGUGUUCGUGUUCGACGAGCGCGAGAGCGGCAUCAAGCGCUGGACCGACGGCCUGCUCUGGAGCCCGAGCCGCAUCCUAUACAACUUCCUCGUCUACCGGCAGAUCGACACCAAGCUGCACAUCGUCAAAGCACAGACAAACGAGCAGGCCAAGACAGCCUCUGCCUCGGCCAGCUCAGCGCGAGGCUCCGCACCUGCCAGUGUCGGGUCUUCUGCCUCCUCACCAACGCUUCCCGAUCCGCUCGCGCUGGGUGUCGAACAGUCGAACGAGCCAAGGCGAAGAGUGCCGAGCCCUCCCGCGCUGCCCGAUGCCCGGAGUGCAGGAGACGCUGCCGAGCUGGAGCGCAACCUCGUGGGCAGCCUCACGAAUAGCUACCCGUUUGCAAAAGGAGGCCUCUGCAAAAAGACGAUCUCGCUGCAGGUCGAAGGCUCGACGCAGCACCUAGUGUCGUACUACAGUCUCGAAGACGUGCGCGCCGGCCGACUGCGCACUCCUGCGUCGCUCCCAGAAGUCAAUGCUCUGCCCAUCUCGCCCGUAUUCCUGAGCAAGACCUCGUUCCGCUUCCCUCCCACAGUGAUCGUGGGUCCGGACGGCGUGCCGCGCUACAGCCGCGACUCCGGCGCCAGCGACCCAGGGAUGCGCGCCUCGGACGGAGCAUCGAGCGGCGAGGCCACCUCUGGCAGCGAAGGGCGCAGUGCUCCAUCGGCUCCCGCCGCAGCGCCCGUCGCCGCAAGGUGGUCUGCUCUGUCCAACCUGGGCAUGAGCUCUUCGCGCAACACGAGCUCGCCAAUGGUGGCGCAAGCCAGCCAGAGCUCCCCUGACGCACGCCAACGGCGCUCAUCCGACGCGCCUCUGCGCACGCGGCGUGGCGGCGAGCGCUUCGAGCCGUACCCGAGUGCCCACGCUGCUGCUGCACCUUUCAGUCUCGAGGACGCCUUCUACCCUAUGGCACCGAGCACUGCCAUGCCUUGGACCAGCCAAGAUCCUCCCGCAGCCCACGACCGAGCGGGCGCAAGCAUGUCCCACGCCACACACGUGCACAGCAGCCUUGGCGCGCAGUCUCAUCUGCCUGCGUCAGCGCCACUCCCGCCGUCGAUACCGGCUGCCAGCUGGCAAGACUUUGCCGCGUCCCAGGCCGCAUCACAUGGCCCGUUCGCACAUCAAACGACUCCAUUCGCCGGCACGGUCGAUCAGUACGGGGGCCUGCGGCACGGCGCGGACAGCCACACUGCGGGCGACUGGGACUGCUCGCGUCCCUCGACCGGCACGUCUAGCGCACACUCGUCGUCGUCGGCUGCGUACAUGUUCGACGCGGUGUACCCGGGCAGCGCAGACCUGGGAGCGCCAGGUCCGCCAGCGCCUGCUCUGCACGGCCUCUUCGCGCUCAACGCGGCGCCGCCAGGUGCAGGCGGUGCAUACCUGGGGUCCUCUCCUCCGCGCGUUGGCGCGCCGCUGCACGACCGACUGGCGGAGGGCAUCGCCCAGCACAGCGCUUGGACGCCACCGCUCAGCAUGGCCGCACGAUUGGACAGCUCGGCAUCGGGCGCGUAUGCGCAGGCGCCAGAGUUCGGAGCGCCGACGGCGCAGUUUGGCGCAAGUGCGGCGCGCCGGAUGCCCUCCCCGCCCAGCCUGUCGUCGGGCGUCCCGGCGCAGCGCCCAGCCGACAGUGGCGACUCACGCCAGUUCCAAGGCGGUCCGCAAAGCGCCGGCGACUUCCAUGCCGUCUAUCUCUCACGCCCGCCGAUGCCUGCGCUAGACGCGGCCCCCUCACGCUUCACGAGUCACCAGCAAUGA